CAUGUUCCUUUGACCUUCUGCUUCUGAGAAGAUUGGGUUCAAUGUGGAGGAACCGAGGACAUUUCCUUAAAUGCAAAUCUCCUUUAGGUCACAGAACCGAAAUGCAAAGAGCGUAACAUUUUUUCAGUUUUAACUGCUGUCACACGAGAUUUGGUUUUGCAUUUCAAGGCUUUGUUUCAGACGGCUGCUUAUUUUAAAUAAGAUGUGAGAUACUUAAUAGAAAUCUGAGUGAAUAAGAGUGCUGAUCUUGGAGAGGUGGUCUCAUGUCAGACGUCAUACGUACACACACCCCAUGCACACACGGACACUCUGCACAUACCCACGUAGAUCAGGAAGUGUUUGUUCAUUCUCAUUGCGCUAAUUUGUCAGACUGCUGCUUCCACCAUCGUCUGCAGGUCUGACUCCGGUCUGCUGCAGACCUCCGCCCUCCUCAACAAGCACAUGGACACGGUCACAUCCAGACAGCAUGGGCUCCAGACUGAAACAAAACCCAGAGCGGACCUUCUAUUGGUUCUUUGAAGCAACUUGCCCCGUAGCCCGGGACAAAGAUCCUGGCGUUCUGUUUCGGUUUCCAGAGGACUUCAGUGAUGAGGAGUCCUGUCAAACAUCCCCCAGGUUCUGCUUCCCGUAUGACAUCCAGAGAGCCAGGGAGAGUGUUGCCGUGCAGCAUUUUACUUUUGUCCUGACCGACCUCGAGGGAUGCCAGCGCUUCGGGUUCUGCCGCCUCACCAACAACACAAAUACCUGCCUCUGCAUACUCAGUUAUCUUCCGUGGUUUGAAGUGUUUUACAAACUCCUCAACAACUUGGCCGAUUUCCUCACCAAAGGACAGACCAACGAGACCAAAGCCCUGCUGGCCGCGCUCUACGAGCAGCCCCCGCCCCCCCCAGACGGAGCCGUCACUCUGCAGAUGGGAGGGCAGCUGUGGGUCAGCACAGAGGUGUCCCAUCCCGUUGGACACCAAGAGGGGGUUCCAUACUUCAUUGCUCCGGACCCCAAAAGUCUCCCCUCCAUCCCUGAAAAUAGGAACUUGACGGAGCUGAUCGUGGCCGUGGACGUGGGCAACCUGCUGCACCUCUACGCCAGCAUGCUGUUUGAGAGACGCAUCCUCAUCUCCUCCAGCAAACUCAGCACGCUGACGGCGUGCGUCCAUGCACUCAGUGCUCUCCUUUACCCCAUGUACUGGCAACACAUCUUCAUCCCUGUCCUGCCACCGCAUCUACUGGACUACUGCUGUGCACCUAUGCCUUACCUGAUAGGGGUCCACACCAGUCUGUCUGAGAAGGUGCGGAGUCGGGGGUUGGAGGAAGUUGUUAUUCUGAAUGUGGACACAAACACUCUGGAAACCCCCUUUGACGACCUGAAAAGGAUUCCUUCAGAAGUGAUGUCCGGGCUGAAGGCGUGUCUGAAGCGCCAGGCCGUGUCUCCGGGCUGUGGUGUCUCAAGGGCAUACCUGAAAGCUCAGGCUCUGCUCUUUGGUGGCUACAAGGACGCGCUGCAGGGUCAACAGGAGGGUGAGGUGUGGUUCAGUGAGGAGAUUUUUCAAGAUCACAAGUCUGCCAGUAUGAGGCAGUUCCUACAGAGUGCCGUCCAUUUACAGUCCUUCAAACAGUUCAUUGAUGGCCGCCUGGAUAUUCUGAAUGAAGACAAAGUACCAGAUGAUCUCUUUGAGGAGGAGAUCUUGAAGUGUGAAAGCGCUGGAGGUAGGAGCAAAUCCUAUCAACAGCUGGUUGGUAAUUUAAAGAAAGGGGGAGGAGCGCUGAUCCUUAACAUGAAGUCCAAAGCAAACAUGAGGGCCAAAGGUCUCGCCAAGUCUGGUUUGAAAAACCUGCUGAUGCAUAAGGCCCACAAUGAAGAGCACUCCCUUCAGAGAGGAGGAUCCGUGUCGCACCGUCGGGCCAAAUCAGACUGCUUACAGAACCGCCUGCCAAUCACACAACACUUUGGGAGGUCUCGUCCCCGCCGGCCUGUUCACAAACUCAGGGCUUCCAGAGACAAGGAGGACGUGCAGGAUGUUGGAGACGCAUGGGCAGGAGCCGAGUCCGAGCCUGCAGUCGGGCCUGACUCUGAGCUCCAGAAGGACCAAGAAGAAGGGGACGAUUCAUCGCCGUGUGACUCGGAGGAGAUGGAUCUGCUGGGGGAGAUCUUUGACACGCUCAGCUCUCGGAGCUCCCAGGAACGGGGCCUGCUGUACGGGACACGCAGCCUGGACCUGUUUGGACCGGACAGCCAUGACUAUAUUACCAAGGGCCGUUUUCCACCCAACCCGAGCCAGGAAAGUCUCAGUGGCAGUGGGAGCCUCCACAGCUGGAAUCUGGAAACCACAGAGGAGCUGUCAGACCUGACGGAGGACUCUGAUUGGCUGGGCUUGGACACCAGCGCACCAGAGCAGGAGGGGACAGACAGUCUUCUGGUGGUGUGUGAUCAAGAAUUCAGAGACAGGGAGUUCGGAGAGGAAGAAGUGAAGGUAGCAAUUAACGGCAACCAAGAAGAAGAAAUAGACAACAGAAAAAACGUUGAGGAGGUGAGCUUAGACAAAGAGACAAAGGAGGAGGGGAUAGGGAAGGGAGUGAGUGUAGGAGAAGACCCAGGGACAGAAAUGGCUGAGGAGCGAGAGGACAAACGGUUGAGAGGAAAUAAGAAGGACGAGCAAAAUCCGAAAGAAGAGGUCGCUGAGGGACAAGAGAUGAAGGAAAGUGAAAUACAGAAGGAAGAAGAGGGGAAAGAUAAGCAGGAGGAGAUCAAAUAUGAUACUUUAGACAAACUUAUAAUACCAAAUCCCCAUCAAACUAACGCUAUGGAGGACAAUCUGAACCCCACAUCUCCUUCUGGGCUGCGACAGCUCCUCGAGGACCCUGAAUCUCCAGCAGCUCAGGAAAACAGCAGUGAAGAAGCAGUAAAGGAGCAGGAGACGAGACGGAGCCCCUCGACCCCCAAAGUGCUUCCUGCUGCAGCGCGCUUCCAGCUUCAGGCGCAUGGCCGAGGCUUUCAGGUGAAGUCCAGGACUGAGGAGCUGAGUGAACCUGGAAGACCUCGCAACAAGCUUCAGAGCAAGGACACGGCACAGACAUCAUGUGACUCAAACGCUCCAGAGGCAGCAAUUAAUGAGGAUGAAGACCUGCCUCUAAUAAAAGUGUCUGAACUGAAGAAGCGAUUUGAAGCUUAGAAGAUGGUGACAUUUUAGUUUGUCUUACUUUAAACAAAUAACAUGAAAACACAAAAAAAUAGCAAUAUGCAAGUGUGUCACAGAUUUAGUCAUUUGUUGAAGUUUGUAGCAAAUGUUCCAUAAAGUGGAGUAAAAGGUCGCACUGCAGAGUGUGUUUUUAUGACGAUGUACAUGGGACCGAUUUAUGAACAAUGAAGAAGCCUUUAACAGUGUGACUCACUUAUGUGUUUAUGACAAUAAUGUUUAAGUAGUUUUGUUCAUUUGUCUGAAUAUUACUUGAUUAAAUAACUUGUGCAUUGCACUUAUUAUUGAGGCAAAUGCUCUUCAACAGGGAGGACAAUUCAUUUUUGAAUACGGUUACUGUAUGACCUAUUUGUCUUUCACACGUAUAUAAAUGUUAGAGAGAGAAAUGCUCCAAUUAGCUAAAACUGACAAAUGAGGAUCAUUAUUAUAUUCUGGCAAGUCGUCACUUUGAAUAACUUAAAAACCCAAUAAAGGAACAUUUGUUGAAUGAUCCAGUA